AUGAUGGGAGGGGAAGGAGGGGAGCCAGGAGCAGCACCAGCAGCAGCACCAACAGCGGCAACCGCAGCAGCAGCACCUGCAACAACAACAACAACAACCGCAACAACGGAAGCAGCAGCAGCAACUGCCUGCCUGUGUCUGCCCUGCAGCAAAGGUCCACGCAAACCAAGGGGGGGGUGGCUGGCCCCCGACUGCGCUGCUACCACUUACGAGAUCCGCAGUAGCCACUGCAGGCGUUUCCUCAGCUACCGCAGCAGCAGCAGCAAAGGCUUCAACAGAAGCAACUCCAGCAUCCCAAGACUGCCCAAGCUCGGCAGCACGGAGCCGCAGCUGAGCUGCUAUUUGCUGCUGCCUCAGCAGGAACUUCCAGCUCAGCUGCCUACUGUAUUGUGUCCCGCCUGUGCCGCUACCGCGCCCUGGAGGAGAUGCUUUGCCUGCUGCUGCAGCAAAAAUGAGUCUACAGCAGCUGGGUUCUGUUGCACCGGGCCGCCUAGCAGCAACAGCUUGCUGCAGCUUCAUUCUUGUUCGUCUCAAGGAAGCAACAGCAUUCAUGAUGGAGACAGCGACAUAGCACCAAGUGGUGCAGGUCAGGGAGCAGCAGAAGAAGACGACGAAGAGGAAGCAGAAGCAGCAGGGGAUGCACGACAAAACGUGGCUACAGCAGACGCAAGGGGGCUGCGGCAGCGGGGCAGCAGCAACAGCAGCAACAGCAAACAGUUGCAGCUGUACAUGCGCCUCAGCAGCAGUUUGAAGAGCCGCUUCCCCUGCGUUGCAUGCUGGCGCAGCAGCACCUGCAACAGCAUCAGCCUGAAGGCGCUGCAACUGCAGACAGCCAGCGGCAGCACCAUCGCUGCUCUCUUCCUGCGUCAUCCAACAGCAAAUCAAACUUUGUUGGUAUCACAUCGCAGCAACACAGACCUAGGAUUUACCUUUCCUCUUCUUCUUUUUCUUUGUCGUUCGCUUAACGUCAAUGUCUUGGGCUACGAAUACACCGGGUACGGCUUCUGCUGCUGCCCCACAAGAAAGAGCCUUUCGGCUCAGGAGCAACAGAUGCAGCAGCAGCAGCAGCAGCAGCCGCGGAGGCUCUGCAGCCCGUCCGCUGCUGCAGUGCGUAUGGACAUUCGCGCUGCCUUCUUGUGGCUGCAGCAGCAGCAGCAGCAAACACCCCACAGUGUCAUUCUUUACAGCGAAGGCAGGGGCCUCCUCCCUGCGCUGCAGCUGCGUUCUGAGCUGGCUGCUGAGGGUUUGCAGCUGGGGGGCCUGGUUUUUGUGGCGCCAGCAGCAACAGCAUCGGCAGCAACAGCAGCAGCAGCAGCAGCAACAGCACAAAUCCACGGGAAGCCAAGAGGACACGACAGAGGGAUAGGGAGGCUGGUGCCCACCUGUCUUCGGAGGAGACGCAGCGAGAUGCACGAGGUGUACAUGCAGCUUCUGCAGCUACACAUGGAUGAGCUGCUGGUGCUAGAAGGGGCCCCCGAGGUGCAGCAGGAGCAGUCUGCUGAUGGCAAGACACCGCAGUUGUUGCUGCGCCAGCGAGCAGCAGCAGCAGCAACGGUUCCGGAGAUAGGAGACCCUGGAUGCUGCUGCCGUGACUUCCCCAAAGGAGAAAAUCUACGACGCCUCAAGGCAUUCAUUCGCCAUGCGAGAGAGCAGCAGCAGCAGCCUCAUGACCUCGCGUUGCAGCGGCAGCUGCGCUUGCAGCAGCAACAACUGCAAAUGCAGCAGCAGCAGCAGCAGCAGCAGCAGCAGCAGCAAAUUGCAUGGAGCAAUCUUACGCAAACCAGAAGAUCCUCAAGGUCUAGACCGCUGAUACAAGGGGGGGAAGCGCAGCCGCAGCUGGUACAGCGACGGCAGCAGAACCAACGGCAACAGCACCAACGGCAGCAGCAGCAAGAGCAGCGACCGCAACAGCAGCAGCAGCAAGAGCAGCAGCAAGCGCAGCAACAGCAACAGCAACAGCAGGCUGCUCGACACCCAGUUAACGGACGUGACUCUCCCCGUGCGUCUGCACCAGUUAUUACGUGCACUCCAAGAAAAAAGCUGGAGCAGCAAGAGGAUGAGCAGCAGCAGCAACAGCGGCGGCAGGAGCAGUAA